GAUUCUCUGCUAGUAGUAAAGCCCAGGCCGGGUCAGCCGAGAGACUGCGAACAUGCACGGAUGUGCGUGCCUCGCGUGCAAGAUUCGCAUAGAGAUCGCGUAGCGAGCUAUCGUUUCAGUUCAAAGAGAAUUCAAGAGGAUUUAUUGGAAGCUGCAUCCCCUCAUCUCUUUCUCUCUCUCUCUCUGUGUGUGAUCAUAUUCUAAUCUAAAGAGAGAGGAAGAGAGAAAGAGAGAGAGAGAGAGAGACGUGUUAAAAGAGAAAGGAAGACCGAAGGAAGUCUAGUUUUUUUGACUGAAUAAGAAAAAGAAAGAGAAAUAGAUAUAACAUCGAGAGACCCUGACACGAGGGUAAAAAGAAAAAAAGGAAAAAAAGUGGCGCGAGCACGGAAACUCGAACGAGAACGGUGGAGCUUCGAGCAGCACAACGAGGCUACUAAACGACAUCGUCGGGAUGAAAUCGCGAAGGGAUUUUCUCUCUUCGAUCGCUUGUUCGAGCUUGUAAGUAAUUUACGACUACAUUAUCUGGCACCGAUACUACUCUAUCGAUCCUUCAACAAGAUCGUCGAAGAUGUGAACCGUUUGCCGAAGACUGUAUCGCAUGAAGGGCUCCAAGGUUUGACUCAAGUGGAACGACGGACGUAGAAGAUCGAAAAACGGGAGAAAAAAAAAAGGGAGAGAGAGUGAACAAGCAAAAGAGAAACUCAGAGAGAGAGAGAGAGAGAGAGAGAGAGAGAGAGAGAGAGAAAAGAGAAGAGAAGAGAGAGAAAGAAAUAGAGAAAGAGAGAGAGAGAGAGAGAGAGAGGGUUUCGUGAAGAAAGAAGACCGUAAAGAAGGGUAAAAGGAGUUAGAAGGGCGGGUGGGGGGAUGCAGCUCGAAAGGGUGGCGGCAUGGAGGAGCCCUCGCUGGAGGCUCUCAUGCAGGCAGGCCUCAUCUUCGUGGUCUGUGUCGCCAUCAUCCUCUCGAAUCUCCUCAUCAUCGCCACAUACCUCAAUUUCCGUGGUCCCUCCGAGGUGAUAAAUUACUACUUGCUAUCGCUGGCUUCGGCGGACCUUCUUUGCGGUCUGCUAGUUGUUCCGCUCUCCGUAUAUCCGGCUUUGGUGCGAAGAUGGGUCUACGGAGACAUCGUGUGUCGUCUGGUCGGAUAUCUCGAAGUUACCCUUUGGGCGGUAUCCGUCUAUACCUUCAUGUGGAUUUCCGUCGAUCGUUACCUAGCCAUCAGGAAACCACUCCGAUACGAGACCGUUCAGACAAAGACUCGAUGUCAAUGCUGGAUGGUCUUCACGUGGAUCAGCGUUGCCAUGAUGUGCUGUCCGCCUCUUCUCGGCUUCAACAAGCCGAUUUUUGAUCGCGAGGCUUUCAUCUGCAUGCUCGAUUGGGGCAACAUGGCCGCUUACACUAUCACCUUGUCGAUCCUCGUGCUUGGGCCAUCCGUAAUCACCAUUGUCUAUACCUAUUUCUAUAUCUUCUCGAUGAUGAGACGACUGAAAUCGGGCGUAUUGAUUCACGACAAGGAAUAUGCCACCGCGCUUUCCGAAAACUUGAGCAACCCGAGCCACAUUAUGUCCUUUGUCCUGGUGAUGGCUUUCUGGAUAUCCUGGGCACCUUAUGCAGGAGUCAGAAUAUAUGCUGUCAUUAACGGACCUCCUCAGGUACCGUUUCUACACUUUGCCGUGGUAUGGCUAGGGGUGACAAACGGUUUUUGGAAGGCGAUCGUCCUCGGAACUCUUAGUCCUCAGUUUCGGCUCGCUGCGCGUGUUCUUUGCUUGACGGUGUGCUGUCGACACAGAAUGCUUCCGCCGGAGCUUCUCGGCCUCGACGACGACGACUAAAAUUUGAACGAAACGCCUACGCGAGAACGACGAUUGCUUUCCUACCUUUACGCGCGACGCAUUCCUAAAUCAUCCAGCUUUUCCUGUUUUCAAGCUUCCUCUUUUACUUUCUGUCUCUUUCUCUCUCUCUCUCUCUCUUUCUCUCUCUCUCUCUCUCUCUCUGUCUCUCUCUGUCUUUUUUCUCUCUGUCUUUCUUUUUUUUUCCUUUCUCUCUUUCUCUCUGUCCUCGUCUCUCAUCUUUCCAUCAUCUUUUUUUCCCCUAUUCGUUCCCGUUCCUGUUUCUCUUAGCGUGCGCUCUUUAAACUAGUCAAGGUCGUUGUCGUACCCGGAACGACGACCGUCGAUGCAUUUUCUCUUCUUUUACUCCUCAAAGCGUGAAAAAAAAGCCACACAUCGGGCUCAGAUUUGUUCAAUCACGGUCUACGUUGUGCACAGAAGCAACGUGGAACUGCAUCCUCGCAAGCCGUUAGAAGAGAGAAAGAGAGAGAGAGAGAGAAAGAGAGAGAGAGAGAGAAAGAAAGAGAGAGAGAGAGAGAGAGAAAGAAAGAGAGAGAGAGAGAGAGAGAGCAAGCGAAGCAAGACCGACCUAAUGCGCGUGCAAAAUAUCGAGCUACGUCGGCUUCGACAAAAGGAAAAGAGAGAAAAAAAAAGCGAAAGGGGAAGGAGAAAAAAUAAUACUCGAUCCGUUCAGUCGCCGUUCGCGCGGUUGAGCGUGAAGCACGCAGAUACACAGCGAAUUACGUACGUUUCGUUGAACGUAUAACGUAUUAUCCGUAAAACCGUUUCCAGAACAGCCUUUAUCGAUACGUCCGCUCGGUUCUCAUUUAAACAUGAAUUAUCACGAAUUUUCAGCACGAAGAUAUACGAAGAAUCUUGUAAUUAAUGAUGAUCAAAAUAUGAUUUAUCGCAUUCAAUAUACUUUGGGCAUUCAA